UGCAGAAUUUUCCUAAAAUAUACUACUAACGGAUCGUUUCCCAAUGGAACCGCCACCAGUCUGGUCUCUUUCUUACUCUGCUCUACUUUGAAAUUAAUCUCAUUUUCAUUUUCAUUUUUCACCCUCUUCGUCCUCUCUUUGUUCUCAACACCCUUCUACCCGGCCCCCUUCCUCUCUCUCCCAAUGUUGCAAUUCACUGAAACACCAAUACUACCACCUCAUCCCUUGCACCAAUAUGAACUUACUCCCUUCUCAAAUAAUCUCAUAAUGAGCAACAACGUUAACCCUUUUCAUAGGACCCGGCCGUGGCCUGGUUUUCUCACAUCCAAGACGCUUGGGAGCUUUGGUGAUGCUAACUGCAUGGAGCAGCUGCUAGUACACUGCGCCAACGCAAUUGAUAGCAACGACGCCACUUUAGCCCAACAGAUCCUUUGGGUUUUAAACAAUAUCGCUCCUCCGGACGGCGACUCCAGCCAGCGUCUCACUUGUGGCUUCCUCCGAGCUCUUAUCGCCCGUGCAGCAAAGACUGGAAGCUGUACUAUGCUCACAGCAAUGGCAACCGCCCAAGUAAAUCUUCCUCUUAACGUCCACAAGUUCUCCGUUAUCGAGCUUGCCAGCUUCGUUGACCUAACCCCCUGGCAUCGAUUUGGCUUCACCGCAGCUAAUGCUGCCAUAUUAGAAGCCAUCGAAGGGUUUUCCGUGGUCCACAUCAUUGAUCUAAGCUCCACUCAUUGCAUGCAGAUCCCGACACUAAUUGAUUCAAUCGCCAAUCGUUCAGAGGGUCCACCCUUGAUCAAGCUCACAGUAGCCGGCGCCACCACCGAUGUCCCACCCCUGCUCGACCUUUCGUAUGAGGAGUUGGGGUCGAAGCUGGUCAACUUUGCAAGGUCUCGGAAUGUAGGGAUGGAGUUCAGAGUGAUUCCUUCGAGUUCCUCUGAUGGGUUUGCAUCAUUGGUUGAACAGCUUCGAGCAGUGCAACAGCUAAUAUUAGCUAAUGGAGGCGGCGAAGGAGAGGCUCUCGUGAUAAACUGCCACAUGAUGCUUCAUUACAUACCAGAAGAAACCCUCGGUGUAACUCCUUACUGCUUCGAAUCCUCUUCUACUUCUUCUCUUCGGACGAUGUUUCUUACAGCUAUUCGCAGUUUAGAGCCGACCAUUGUUGUUCUGGUAGAUGAAGAUGCAGACUUCACAUCCAACAACUUAGUCUGUAGGUUGAGAUCGGCUUUUGAUUAUCUGUGGAUACCUUACGAUACUAUGGAUACAUUCUUUCCCAAAGGGAGCAAGCAGAAGCAAUGGUACGAAGCCGAUUUAUGCUGGAAGAUAGAAAAUUUGAUUGCACAAGAGGGUGUGCAGAGGGUCGAGCGGCUCGAACCCAAAAGUAGGUGGAUUCAGAGAAUGCAAAGUGCGAAUUUCCGAGGAAUCCAGUUUAGCGAAGAGACUGUUCUGGAGGUGAAGAGCAUGCUUGAUGAGCACGCCGCUGGUUGGGGAUUGAAGAAGGAAGAAGAUGAAGGUCUUGUGCUUACAUGGAAAGGACACAAUGUUGUGUUUUCCACUGCUUGGGUACCUGCUUGAAACUUUUUCUCCUCCUUAAUUUCUUUUCAUUCUUAAUUUGCUGAUUAACAUAUCUCUAAUCUUCUCCUUGGGACCUCUCAUUCUUCUGCUAAUGUUUUCUCCACAAGUAGAUUUUUGUUUUAAUUAGGGGGCUUCAAUUAGUUCCUCUAAUUUAAACUAUUUUCUCCUAAUCAUUUUUUAGCGUGAUUAGGAUCAUUGGAGCAAGAACCUUGUACAUCUCUCUCAAUCUCCCUCUCAUGUUUGAAUGGUACCUUUUCCCCCUUUCCACUGUAGCUUUAGGCAGUACUUGUCUCUAGUGCAUUUAUGUGCGUGUCAAUGUUCUUUUCUGGUUGUUUUUGGUGUGUGAGCGUGUGUGUCACUGUUCUCAGCUUUUAUUAUAUUCUUCGCCAAGUUGAAUUUGAGUUCAAAUAACUCAUUAUUGCUUUUCCAUAGUGUAUUAAUUAAGGAUUCUGAUAACAAACAGCUU